UCGUUAUCUACUAGCAUGUCUCAGAGGAGCAAAACAUCUUCAAAAGAAAGCUCCUCUCGUCCUCCAUCCACAUCAGAUGCUCAUCCUCCACGCUCUGCUCUUCGUAGCUCCUCCAAAGACUCGAAGAGCUCAGGUCACAGGGGCUCAUCUGGCAGCCAAGGACGCCGCGGCAGUAGAUCUUUCAGCCAGAAUUCUGCUAUUGCUGCGGCAUAUACAACGUACCUCAACGCUCUCUUUGGACAGGACAGAGAUUUACUGCCAGAGGAACUAGAUGAGCUGCAUGUAGCAUUUAAAGAGUUUGACUAUGACCAGGACGGGUAUUUGCACUACAAAGAUGUCGCAGACUGCAUGAGAACCAUGGGAUACAUGCCAACAGAGAUGGAACUGAUUGAGAUCAUUCAGCAGAUAAAAAUGAAAUGGGGAGGCCAUGUGGACUUUGAUGAUUUCUGUGAAUUAAUGGGGCCCAGGAUGCUGGCUGAAACCGCUCAUAUGGUGGGUCUGAGGGAGCUGCACUGCGCUUUCAAACAGUUUGACUGUGACGGUGAUGGACGGAUCACCUUUGAGGAGCUGAAGGAGUCCACAAAGACGUUGCUCGGGGAGAAACUGAAGAAGGGAGAGCUGGAAGAAAUUCUGACAGACAUCGACCUCAAUGGAGAUGGGAACGUGGACUUUGAUGAGUUUGUCAUGAUGCUGUCUCUCCGAUAGCUGGAUGUUUGAUGUUUUUUCAUACCUGAGAGCUGUCAAACCUGUCAGUCAAAUUGUUGAAUACCUUGUGUAUAAACUGCGGAUAUUUAUGUAGAAAUGGAC